CCCCGCCCCCUUCCCUUUCAGUCUAACUCGCUCCUCUCCGUCUUUCUGGAUUUUACCGGCUGUUCCUGAAACAGCUUUACAUACGAUGGAUCUCCACGUCCUUUUGCAGGAAGUGCUCACGGACUGAUACUGCAGACUGACUUUGCUCCCCGGCAAAACUAAAGAACUCUUUGGCUCAUGGAGGCAAACGUGAAGGAUGCUUUCCACAUGAACCCUGAAGUGAACCUCUGACCCACUGCCUGUGGAAAGAGAAGGGAGCCAACAUGAAGGAAAAUGUGCCAUCCACAGUGGUUUUCAUUUUGCUACUUUUUCUCAACAUCAGCCUUCUGAAUGGACAGUCACCUCCGGGAAAACCUGAGAUCUUCAAAUGUCGUUCUCCCGAAAAGGAAACAUUCACCUGCUGGUGGAAGCCGGGGGCGGAUGGAGGACUUCCUACCAACUACACGCUGACUUACCACAAGGAAGGAGAAACAUUCACCCAUGAAUGUCCAGACUACAAAACUGGCGGCCCUAACUCCUGCUACUUCAACAAGAAGCACACCUCCAUAUGGACAAUAUACAUCAUCACAGUGAACGCCACAAACCAGAUGGGAAGCAGUUCCUCAGAUCCACGUUACGUGGAUGUGACUUACAUAGUUGAACCAGACCCUCCUGUGAACCUGACUUUGGAAUUAAAAAAGCCUGAAGACCAAAAGCCAUAUCUGUGGAUCAAAUGGCUUCCACCCACCCUGGUUGACGUAAGAUCUGGUUGGCUCACACUCCAGUAUGAAAUUCGAUUACAACCUGAGAAAACAGCUGAGUGGGAGACUCAUUUCGCUGGGCAGCAGACUCAGUUUAAGAUUCUCAGCUUGUAUCCAGGACAGAAAUACCUUGUCCAGGUUCGCUGCAAGCCGGACCAUGGAUUCUGGAGUGAGUGGAGCCCAGAGAGCUCCAUCCAGAUACCUAAUGACUUCUCAAUGAAAGAUACAACCAUGUGGAUCUUCGUGGCUAUUCUUUCUGCUGUCGUCUGUUUGAUUAUGAUCUGGGCAGUGGCUUUGAAGGGCUAUAGCAUGGUGGCCUGCAUCCUUCCACCAGUUCCAGGGCCAAAAAUAAAAGGAUUUGACACCCAUCUGUUGGAGAAAGGCAAGUCCGAAGAGCUUCUGAGCGCCCUGGGAUGCCAAGACUUCCCCCCAACUUCCGACUGCGAGGACCUGCUGGUGGAGUUCCUGGAGGUGGAUGACAGCGAGGACCAGCAGCUGAUGCCAGCCCACUCCAAGGAACACCCGAGCCAAGGCCGGAAGCCCACACACCUGGAUCCCGACAGCGAUUCCGGCCGAGGCAGCUGUGACAGCCCUUCCCUUUUGUCCGAAAAGUGCGAUGAACCGCGGGCCAAUCCCCCCAAGUUUCACACUCCCGAGGGCAUCGAGAAGCCAGGAGAUCCUGAAACAAACCUUCCCCGUCCCCAGGACCCUCAGAGCACAAGUGUGGAAAGCAAGCUGCCCUAUUUUCACGCGGAUGAAUCCAAGUCUUCGACUUGGCCUUUUCCGCAGCCCCCGAUCCUGCACGAUCCGGGAUCUUCUUACCACAACCUUGCCGACGUGGGUCAGCUGGUCCUGGGCACCGCAGGGGCCACCGCCGCUUUGCUGGAAAAAAUAGACCGACAUGCUUUCAACCCUCCGAAAACCACCGAGACUGGCGGGGAAGGAAGGGCAACCGAGCAGAAGGAGUCGGAGAGCUUCCACUCCAAGACUGACCAAGGCACAGUGUGGCUGCUGCCCCAGGACAAGGGGCCCUUUGUCUCCCCUAAGCCCUUGGAGUACGUGGAGAUACACAAGGUCAGCAAAGAUGGAGCACUGGCGUUGCUCCCAAAACAGCAGGAGAACGGCGACGGGCCGGAGAAGGCCGGCGCCCCUGAAACCAGCAAGGAAUACGCCCAGGUGUCCCGGGUGAUGGAUAACCACAUCCUGGUGUUGGUGCAGGAUCCGCGAGCUCGAAACCUGGCUCUGUUUGAAGAACCAACCAAGGAGACCCCGCCAACCCGGCCGCAGAAUCCAGCUGAGAAAGACCUGGCCAGCUUCACCACGGCCCCGGGCCACUGCAGACACCCGCUGGGUGGGCUGGAUUACCUCGAUCCCGCAGGCUUUAUGCACUCCUUUCAGUGAGAGCUUGGUUCAUGGGAUGAUGGGUUACAAGGUGGGGUUUUUUUCAGGUCGCACUACGUGAAAUGCACUCUACCAGAGAAAGCUCGAGAAUGGGGUUAGAAUGACACUACCCAAACUCACAGUUCACUCCUCUUCAUGCUCCAUUUUCAACCAGUUGCCUCUUUCUCCACAACAGCUGAUUCCAGAACAAAUCAUUUUGUUGCCUGUGAUUCCUAGAUUUACUUUUUGCUAUGAAUGAUAAAAUUAUGUGUUCAGUGAAAUAAAAGCACAUCGCUUAGUAUUCUUGAGGGGCCGUGCCAAUAGGUAUAGCCUCUGGAAAAGGCUUUCAUUGUUUGGUAUGUGGCAGAAGGCUAUGAAAUAGAAUUACUGCAAGAAGAUGGUAGAUAUGAGGAAAAUGCUGUGAAAACCAAUUGCUUGGCCUUUGUACUCCCCUUUCAUUUUAUGAGGCUUAACCAAAUACACGUAAAAAGUGCAUUCUAGAACACCUGAGAAAUUGUUUACAUCCGUUCUAUUACCUUAAUGACACAUGACCAAGUAAGAAGGACGCCUCUGAUUUUUUCCUUAAACUAGUUUGAAUUUGUUAAGCAUGGAUUUGUCCCCCUAAAUUAUAUUUCACGCUGAAGCUUCUAGAGAACAUUGUUUUCGAAAGUGAAAUUUUCUUACACAAGACGCAAAUGAGUUUCAUGUGGUGAAGCCUUCUAAAAUGUUUGCCUGCUUCAUUUCAGCAUGAUAGAUAAUUUAUUAUAUACCCUAGUCUUCUGUUAGUGGAAAAGAAAUCCCAUGAGACUAACAUUAAUUUAAAAGAUAAUCACAGCAGGAUGCCAACGAAAGUACUGCCUUAUUGUACAUACAAAUUCUACUUUAAUAUAAACCCGUAAGUUUAACAAUGUAUUUUUGAAGACUAUUUUUCUAUCACUGAGGUAAAAUAAAAGACUAUUUUCUAUUUCUCAGUACAGCUGUUUACGUAUUCAGUGGGUACAGUAUUUUUCUCCUAUGAGGUUAUAUUGAGUAUUUACAGUACAUGGUAGUAUAUGUGGUCCCCGUUUGUGAAAUAAAAUGCCAUACCAACCCAAGGCCCACUAAGGAAUAUGGAGUAAAUGAUAAUAUUAAGUUUCCAACACAGUGUAGUAUAGUUUAUCUGCUUCUUUUUAUCUCCAGAAUACUUUAAACAACAAUCACCGAGCUGGAGUUUUAGGGCUCUCCGCAGACCAGAAAUUACUUCUCCUGCAUUUUUAGGGCUUUUCUGGGGGCUUCUGCUCUUCUCUGGAUGAAUAUCCAUAAAACUAUGAUAAAAAAAGCAAAGCAGUGGCAUCUAACAUACUGUUUUAGAGAGAGGAAUUUGUUUUGUUUUUCUGAGCAAUCUUGGGCAGCAAAAAACAUUUGUGGCAAAGCCAGGAGUUCGUAUCUCUCUGGAGUAGAUCCAUUUGCAAAAUUUUGGCAGAGGCAGAGACAGCACUCAUGUCAGAAGUGUACAAAUAGAAGUUCCAAGAAACCAGGCAUCUGUGGAAGAGUGAGAACAGCUACAAAGAGCAGGGUACGGUAGUUAGAGUCCCCAAGUCCGUUCCAAGGGCAGGCUCUCCAAAAGCAGUCAAAAGCCUGAAUCUCCUUUUUAAAGGGCCCAUCCAUGACUCAUCCAAUUGCCUGCCUCUACUUUCCAUUUCCCCUAACAGCACAUUCAUUUCCAUGUCCACUUACCAGCUAGGACACAGAGAAUUUGAGCUCCCUUUGUGAGUUAACUGUUCCACUCCGGUGAGUCCAUGUUGAUAGGAACUAGACUCAGAGGUGGGUUGCUGUUUGAAAGUGAACACAUUGCCAGAGCUUCCAGAAUUGCACAAGUAAUAAAUCUGAGACUCUAUCCUCCCCAUAUACAAACAACAUGUUAAGAGUGAGGGGACUAUUUGGGAAAGUUGCCCAAGGUUAUUCAGUCCCCUAGAUUCUUGCUACUCACAACAUGGUCUGAGGACCAGCUGCAUUAGCAUCCCCUGGGCACUGCUUGGAAAUGCCGAAUCUCAAUACUUGCAUCCCUCAUCCCACCCCAAACCUAUAGAAUCAGAAUCUGCCUUUUGCUGAGCUCCCCAGAUGAUUCAUGUGCACAGUGAAGUUUGAGAAGCAUUGCCCUAGGUAAUCACUUCCCCUAAUGGUUAUCUUAGUGCAUAGAGUCAUCCUCUCCUGGAAAGUACAGGUUGAGUCUAUUUGACUUGCACUGAACAAUCCUGGAAGAAGGCAGCAUUUUUAAAAUCUAUUAGUGGUUUAGUGGUAGACAAUAACCUGAAAAAGUCUGCACAACUUCUAAGGGGGCCAGGGAAUAUAUUCCAGCUUGAGAGGCAUUGGCCAAAGACCCUGCCCUUCAAGCCAAUACAGACCAAACCUUUCCCAGAAUAGUCCAAUCUCCUCCACGAUGUAUAUCAAUCUCUCUGAUCAUAUGAAAAUUCAAAAAUAAUAUGCUCUUACCAUAUCAUUUGGCAUAUAUGGAAAAAAAAUGUUAUGGCUAACGGCUCAACGUGAACUAAACCUUUCAAAACAUCAAUUAGUAAGUAAACUACUACCAUUCAUUAAGUUAAACCAAGAUUACAAUUCUCUGGGCAGUUAGCACUCUUUAGUGAAGUAUGUUUUUUCCAUGGUCCAGCCUUUUUUCUAUCAAGGAAUCCCCUAGCUGAAUGGAAGGAUGGAGAUCGGGGGUCCAGAGAUUCAGCUUCUAGUCCUAUGUUGCCUUAGAUCAAGUCCCUUUUCUGGGCCUCAGUUUCCUCUGAAGGAAAUGUCAGGCCAAAUAAUCUCUAAUGUCAUUUUAAACUCUGGCUCUUUGAUUCCAUGAUUCACUGCCUAGCAUCCAGCAAAGAUAAUUAACCAAUGCCUUGGAUGAUAAUUAAGCUAAAAAGAAUCGCCCUUUAUCAUAGAAAUACAAAUCCUCUUCAGUGAUAUGCUCACUUAAUUUCACUUUCAAAUUAUCAGUUCCACUUGUUCUUACCAUAUUUUCACAUGCAUUUUUUAUAAAUUGUGUAGGUACAGAUCAUAGUUAAAGGUUAUGUGCAAGUAUGUGUGUAGAAAGAGGAAGCAUGAGAUUUUUUUAAAGAUAUCAAAUGAAGCUCUAAUUUUUAGAAAAAUGACCUUUUACUGAACCAAGCCAUGCUUAUUCCUUGCUGAAUCCAACAACCCCCAAACUCUUUUCUUGUAUCUGGCUGCUGAUUCUGAUUUGUUUUUUGUUUGUUUGUUUGUUUGUUCUCUCAUGGAUUAUGAACCACUGUUGUACAGUUGGUUUUAAAAGCCUUACGCUCUGAUUUAUAAAAAUUCCUAUUUUUAUAAAUAAGCACUUAAUUUUCAAGUUACAAAGCACAUGGAAACAGGAUAGCCAAUGGGUGAUUUAUGGAAGCUCAUGAAUUAGACUGCAAAAUCUGCUCUGGUCAGUUUUAGCAAAUGGGUAUAAGGCAUCUCCAAUGAGCACAAGGUAUAAUCAACCAUAUCACUGACAUGGAACAGACUCUACAUUCUCCUAAGUGCCUAAGACCUAUCCGGGUAGGCAGUUAUGUACUAAAAUAACUUGCUUUCACUGGUUUGGUCCAAAGUUGGUCAAUCUCUUAUCAUCUGUGCAAUAGGAGUUUGAUUGUCCUGUUGUGACCCAACUGAAUGGGAGGAUCCACAGGGCAAACCAGAAGCACCUGAGCUCCAGGAUACAGCUGGAUUAGGGAGGACCCUUCCCCAGUCUGGGUCUUCUCCUGGUUACCCACCACUGCCCACCACUUGUAGAAAGACUUGCCCUGCCUCUAGUGAUUUCCUUGUCUCCUUAGAAUAGACAUGAAAGAAACAGAUUUGUACACAUUUUGCAAAGUGCCUUUUUUGUUUUGUUUUGUUUUCUUUUUGCAAGAAGAGAGUAUCAAUUUGAAAAUGAAUUUUACAGUGUACGUAAAUGAAUGAAGAAACCAGAAAGGGGAUGCUGAAAUGGUCUCUGGGCCAAUUAGAAACUAUUGAGUGGAUUUUAAUGUAUUGUUUCAUUGAAUUAUCACAGAGCUGAUGUGACUUACAUUGUCUGAUAAGAAGUUGACUCUGGCUAGGCUUUUGAAAUAAGCCUGUCACCCUUUUACUUGAGAUUCUUGAUUUAAAGACAUGUUAAUGCACUUAAGAAUGGCUUUGAAUUGCCUGCCAGGGCCUGAAAAGGACAAUGCAUGCACCAUGGAACUUUGCACACACAUGCAGAAAGGUGAAAAUGACUCUUGGUUACCAUCUGCAGGGUUGCUAAUGUAGAUUUGUCAUUGAUGAAAGCCUCCCGUGUACUUCAGUGAAUGAAUUUCUUUCUGCCUUUUCAGCUCAAGCACAACUGUGUCCUGUUGCUAAGGUAGUGGGCUGAGCACUCAAUUUCCAGGUCCAGGUCACCCUGCUGCACUGAGCAGGCUGUGCGACCUUAGGCGAGUCCUUUCAACUCUAGCCACUAGUCCCCUCUCCUAUUAAAUAAGUGAGUUGGCCUAAAAUAUUUCUGACUCCUCCUGGUUCUCACGGUCUUUGAUGCUCAGGAUCUAAGUAAAAUCUAGGAUUUCUGUAAAAGGCCCAGGGACCGUGCAGGGAAAUAUUGCUGAUGUGCCUUUUACGUAAAGCAGUGGACAUUGUGGCUAUAACAAUGCUUAACAGCAAAACGGGGACCAGUUCUUCCAGGUCAGAUUGAUUUCAUUUCACAUCCUUGCCUCUCUUCUUCUUAGUUGUCCAUCUUGUAGCCUUUUUAUUCUGUCACUCCAGGGCUUCUAUUAUUUCUGAGAGUUCAUUAUGUGCAGUAGCAAUCAUAGGAUCUGCAAGAAACUAUCCCCAAACCAUGGCUUUGGUCCUAUAAAGGACUACAUCUAAUGUCAAUCAGCCAUGCAGAUAUCAAGGCCCCGGUUGAGGGUCACAGGUUACCUUGUUUAGAGAUUUGCACGCACGCAUGCUUAGAGGUCCUAGCUCAAUUCAUUCAUUCAAAGGUCAUCAAUAAAUCCAAGCUACACUGAAGACUCAGUCAUGGAAGUCUUAAGCAGAAACUUAAGAAUACAAAAUGAUUGCUUGAGAGCUUAUGAUCUAACCAGGAGUUCUAUUUAUAAUUAGGGCCUGGACUUGCUUCAUGAUCGGUAUCUAUAUCAUCUGCCAAUCAAAUAGCAGUUCUCUCUCUAGAUUUGUGUCUUUGGGGAAGGUGAUUUUUUUUUUCAUCUGAGACUAUCAGGUAUUAUCUAUUUCAAAAAAAGGAAAAAGAUAGAAAAAUAAGAUGUUCCCAAAUGUUUGGGCAUCUCAGGAUUCCGUGAAAUGCUGAGAGUAGCCUGCCAAACCCAAAUUUUAUUGGACAUAGCAACUCUACAAUCUAUUCAGUGGGCUGAAUUUAUGGCUAAGAAAUGCCCACCACUGCUUUGUCCACAUUGAUUCCUUUGAUUGAUGUUCUGAUUUCAUGUCAGGAAACAUGGAGAUGAUAAAGGGAAAAACACAUACUGUUCAUGCGGUUGUGGUCAAAGAACAGAAACCCUUAGAUAAUCACAGUCUAUUAGUUAACUUUUUACCUGCUGUGUAUUAAAAAGAAAAGACAAUUAACUCUAAAAACUUCAACUACUGAAGUAGUCAUAUCAAAAACAACCUUUAAUAAUUACAAUCAAAUGACACUUGACCUGAAUACCUUUCAAAAUACAGUCUGAUGUUCCAUUAGAUCAAUCCAUUCUAAAAGUUUAUUUCCCCAAUCUUUAAAAAUAAUAAGUGAGUCAUAAGAUUAAUAAAAGACUUAAAGGCUAAAAAAAAUUCAGUCUGAGUUUUUCCAUGCAAAUUUCACAAAUCCUGAAGGGAAAAUAUCUUGUUAUGCUAGCUGAAAUUGAAAAACUAUGUAACAAAGAUUCCCCUAAACAAAAAUUUGUUUUAUAAAAUUUCCGAUAAAAUAAUUUUGAAGUUUUACAAGUAACUACCUCCCCUUCUUGUCCUUAUGUCCCUCCUUCAAAGCUGCUUGCCAUUUAGAAAUGGAAGAUGUCACAUCUCAUACUUUGACUCUUCUCAGUUGAUGUACCCACCAUGUGACAUUCUGAAUUUCAAAUAACUAUUGUAUGAUUUUUUACGACAUUGCUUUAUGUGGUUCAAAAACUGUAUGACACAUCAAGAUUUAUAAUCCUCCUAUUGUGAAACUCACCAUGUAAUACCAAUGACAAUAAUUAUUUAAUGACCUAGAAUCUGUCCAUAUGCGAUUCAAUAUGAUUGUGUCUAUGUCUGGAAAACAAAACAAACAAAAAAUGUAAUCAUAUCUUUCUGUCAAAACCGUGAAUGUACUCAUUUUUUUUCUUAAUCUUUGUCUAGAAGUAGUAUAAUUUGUCAUUGUACAGUUGAUUGGGUUAAGUGUUUAAAGUACAACCCAACGAUUUUUUAAAAGUCAAUCCCUCAGCUUUGCUUCAUGUGACCUCUGAUACUUCUUGGGUGUUAUUUGCAUCGUAAGACUUGUUUUUCUGCUUGAUCAGUCAAUUCAAACAAUUUACAUAUCUCAUACGGAAACCAAAGCAACCUAGAACCAGCAUGUUAGGUGAUCUGCAUCUUCUGAAAAGCCAUAUUGAAUUGAAGGCUGUGGAAUAGCAAAAAGAUCCCAUAAUUUCAAAGCUACCACUACCUCUGCUUUUUCUCUUUCCCUAGAAAAUGCCAAGCAAAUUUCUUCAAAUUUAUGGGGGAAAUUUGAAGUGAUUGUUACAAUAAUUUGCUGGGGUUUUGUUUUGUUUUUACAUGAGAAGACACCUUCUAAUCAACUAGUCUGUGAGUUUAUGCUAGGUUUUCUCAAUAACUAUUUUUACAUUUUAUGCCAACUGGCUGACGAAGAAGGGCCAGAAAGAAUAUAUAGGAAGUCACCAGAUGAAAAACCAAGAAAACCCUAGAUGCAGAUUUUUUUCUUAACUGUAAGUCACCUCAAGGUGGUUACCCAAAGCCAUGAUAUUGCUAUUUCUCAUGGUUUGAUUGGUCUAAAACACCUAGAAAUACAUUUUUUUUCUUUAUUUGAUUUUAGCCACAUGGCAUGGGAAAAGUUAGCCACAUAUCAGAAAUAACCUUGUUUUGAUUUUAAAAACUCAUUUCUACAUGAACUAUUGUAAUGCCUAUUUUUUGAGCCUUAAAAGAUUAUAUAAGACUACAGUCAUCUGAUUUAUCUUGCAUCUUUAAUUCUCUACACCUUGGUCAUUGCCCAUUGUGCUUUCUGUUUCCCAUGGAUUUAUUCAUUUGUCCCCUUCCAUUCUGUUUCCAGUUAAAUCCUUGUCAACGUAUGGGAGCUAAUGCUAACUGCUACUGCAAAAACCUCUUCAUUUUUACCACACAGCAGAAACAAUGCUUGCCAACAAAAUCAUCCCAGUAUAAUAUGAUCAAUCUAUUUCUAUUUGUGUUAUAGAACAUACCCAGCUCAGUGCCUGGCUCAAUAAACAUUUAUUCCCCUUGCCUCCCUUUCUUCUAUUUAUUUUGUAUUUGAUAUGCAAAUAAACAGAAUAACACAUGCAUGGCCAAAACAAUUUUCUUGAUGGAUUUUUGCUGCUAAAGAAUCUAUUAUCCAGAAAUUGUUUAUAUAAAUUGGACCAAAACAAUUUUCCUCCUUUCUCUUCCCCCUUCCCUAUGAUUGCAAAACAUAAUUUCCCCCCUUUUCCCCAUCCCUCACACAAGAAGCUGCUAAAAAUAGAGAUGGAACCAGGAACAUGGGCUUCAGAAUAUAGAAGCCCAUUUAAAUAUUCUGAAAUAGAGGAAAAACCAAACCAUUUAAAAAAUGGAAUGCUUUUGAACAGUGUGAUUCAUCCAUA